UGCGCUCCCGCCGACCGCAGCCCCGAGCGCUGAGCCGCGGCCGGAGCCGCCGGGGCUGGGCGGGCCGAGCUGAGCGGCUGCCAGCCCGCCUCACGCCAAGUUUGAUCGAUAAUCCCCUCCCGGCCCGGGCGGAGCAGCCUCGGCGGCUCCGCUACCCACCAUCUUUGGGGGAAGUCCCUGCGUUGGGGGGGCUGCUGGAGACGGGGGAGAAAGGCAAUCUCGCAGCCAAUGAGCCCUGCUAGACUGGGGUGAAGACGAGAGCAGAGGGAUUUGGGCAAGGAAAGAAUAAAAAAAGGAGACGAAAGGAGGGGGACCAUCCGCCCUACCACCUCCGCCAGCAUCGCCACCACUGUUGACACCGCUCCGAGUCUCCAGUUGCGCCCAUGCCUGUGCCGCCAGUUUCGGUUUAGGGGCUGAACCGCAGGGGCUGAAGAAAAUGGGGCAGAGCGCGCCCCGGACCCUCCUGCUGCUGCUGGCGGGGCUGCUGGGGGAGGCUCUGGCGGGGUUCCCCAACACCAUCAGUAUAGGUGGACUUUUCAUGAGAAACACUGUUCAGGAGCACAGUGCAUUUCGAUUUGCUGUGCAGCUAUACAACACAAAUCAAAAUACCACAGAAAAGCCCUUCCAUUUGAACUAUCACGUAGAUCAUUUGGACUCUUCCAACAGUUUUUCAGUGACAAAUGCUUUCUGUUCACAGUUUUCCAGGGGAGUUUAUGCCAUCUUUGGAUUCUAUGACCAGAUGUCAAUGAACACCCUGACAUCAUUCUGUGGAGCCCUUCACACGUCCUUCAUCACACCGAGCUUCCCAACAGAUGCAGAUGUGCAGUUCGUCAUCCAGAUGCGGCCAGCAUUAAAAGGAGCCAUCUUGAGUCUCUUGACUUACUAUAAGUGGGAAAAGUUUGUGUACCUCUAUGACACAGAACGGGGAUUUUCCAUUCUUCAGGCAAUUAUGGAAGCUGCAGUACAGAACAACUGGCAAGUGACAGCCAGAUCUGUAGGAAGCAUAAAAGAUGUUCAAGAGUUCAGAAGAAUUAUAGAGGAGAUGGACAGACGGCAAGAAAAAAGAUACUUAAUUGACUGUGAAGUAGACAGAAUCAACACCAUUUUGGAGCAGGUUGUAGUCCUCGGCAAACAUUCUAGAGGCUAUCACUACAUGUUAGCUAACCUGGGUUUCACAGACAUUGUUCUGGAGAGAGUAAUGCAUGGAGGUGCCAACAUUACUGGAUUCCAGAUUGUUAAUAAUGAAAACCCAAUGGUACAACAGUUUCUACAGCGUUGGAUGAGGCUUGAUGAAAGGGAAUUCCCUGAAGCCAAAAACUCACCAUUAAAGUAUACGUCUGCACUGACCCAUGAUGCAGUCCUGGUCAUAGCAGAGGCUUUCCGGUACCUCCGAAGGCAGCGUGUUGAUGUCUCCAGGAGAGGCAGUGCUGGAGACUGCCUGGCUAACCCUGCAGUGCCGUGGAGCCAAGGAAUUGAUAUAGAAAGAGCACUUAAAAUGGUGCAAGUUCAAGGAAUGACAGGGAACAUCCAGUUCGACACCUAUGGUCGGAGAACAAAUUACACAAUUGAUGUGUAUGAAAUGAAAGCUGCUGGAUCACGGAAGGCUGGUUAUUGGAAUGAAUAUGAAAGAUAUGUACCAGCAUUAGAUCAGCUGCCCUCUAAUGACACUUCAUCUGUGGAGAACAGAACUAUAGUAGUCACUACCAUCUUGGAAUCACCAUAUGUAAUGUAUAAGAAAAACCAUGAACAACUAGAAGGGAAUGAGAGAUAUGAAGGAUAUUGUGUAGACUUAGCUUCUGAAAUAGCAAAACAUGUUGGAAUAAAAUACAAACUGUCAAUUGUUGGAGAUGGGAAAUAUGGAGCUAGGGACCCUGAGACUAAGAUAUGGAAUGGCAUGGUGGGUGAACUGGUCUAUGGGAGAGCAGAUAUAGCUGUUGCCCCCCUCACCAUAACAUUGGUGCGAGAAGAAGUCAUAGACUUUUCCAAACCCUUUAUGAGCCUGGGUAUCUCCAUCAUGAUCAAGAAGCCUCAGAAAUCUAAACCAGGCGUAUUCUCUUUCCUGGAUCCUUUGGCUUAUGAAAUUUGGAUGUGUAUAGUCUUUGCUUACAUUGGCGUCAGCGUAGUUCUUUUCCUAGUCAGCAGAUUCAGCCCUUAUGAGUGGCACUUGGAAGACAACACUGAAGAACCACGUGACCCUCAGAAUCCUCCUGACCCUCCAAAUGAGUUUGGAAUAUUUAACAGCCUUUGGUUUUCCCUGGGUGCCUUUAUGCAGCAAGGAUGCGAUAUUUCUCCAAGAUCUCUCUCAGGGCGAAUUGUUGGAGGAGUCUGGUGGUUCUUCACUCUCAUCAUUAUCUCUUCCUACACUGCUAAUCUCGCUGCCUUCCUUACGGUGGAAAGGAUGGUUUCACCCAUAGAGAGUGCAGAGGACCUGGCUAAACAAACUGAAAUAGCCUAUGGCACUUUGGAUUCAGGCUCAACCAAAGAAUUCUUUAGAAGGUCAAAAAUAGCUGUCUAUGAGAAGAUGUGGUCAUACAUGAAGUCGGCCGAGCCCUCGGUGUUCACCAAGACGACAGCGGAUGGAGUGGCGAGGGUGCGGAAGUCCAAGGGGAAAUUUGCCUUCCUGCUGGAGUCCACGAUGAACGAGUACAUCGAGCAGCGCAAGCCCUGCGACACCAUGAAAGUUGGAGGAAACCUGGAUUCCAAGGGCUAUGGUGUAGCAACCCCCAAAGGCUCAGCAUUAAGAACUCCUGUAAACCUUGCAGUAUUGAAACUCAGUGAACAAGGCAUCUUAGACAAGCUGAAAAACAAAUGGUGGUACGAUAAGGGUGAAUGUGGAGCCAAGGACUCCGGAAGUAAGGACAAGACGAGCGCUCUGAGCCUGAGCAAUGUUGCUGGCGUGUUCUAUAUCCUUGUGGGAGGCCUGGGGCUGGCCAUGAUGGUGGCACUGAUUGAGUUCUGCUACAAGUCUCGGGCUGAGUCCAAGCGAAUGAAACUCACCAAGAACACACAGAACUUCAAACCUGCUCCCACCACCAACACCCAGAAUUACGCUACCUACAGAGAAGGCUACAACGUGUACGGCACAGAAAGUGUGAAAAUCUAGGGAUCUUCACCCUGACAGCAUGCAAGACAAAAAAGCAGCAGAGAAUGUGGCUGCUUCAUGGAUUUGGACCAUCUGAGCCAGUUGUACUCUUUCCGAGGUGUCAGGCAUGACACGCGUUGAUGAUGGUGCAAUGUACUUUUAAUAGGAAAAACUGGUAUUUUUUCCUUCAGUGCCUUAUGGAAGACUCUGAGACUCACAACAAUGCAAACCAUCACUGAAAUAUUCUUGCUUUGCUUCAAAGAAGUAAAAGAAAAAGAA